AUUUCAGUCACUUAUGAAGGCGGAACUAGACACUGAAACAUUGGAUUACAUGCACAGAUCUACAACUUCUCUUAAACCGAGUUCACCAUGGUAUGUGAAUUUAAAGAAAGAUCUGUGUAUGGACAUAGUGUUUGCACUAGACAGAUCUUGUAGCGUUCCAAGGGAUGAUCUCGUCAAUGAGUACCGUAUCAUUGAGAGCGCCAUCAAUGCUAUAGAAGGAUUUGGACCAGAUAAAACAAGGGUCGGGCUUAUCACAUUUGAUUAUGGAGCCAGAGUCGUGUUUGGUUUUGACGAUGCGGAGACCUCCACCAGGGAGGGCCUGCUUGCUAAACUCGAUGAAUUGAAAAGAGAUACAACUCCCCCGGAGAAGUGUAAGACGUACACGUGGGAAGCACUGAAAUUGGCAAGGGAAGAUCCUAAGCUCUUUGGAGGAUCAGAUAAAAACAGCGAACGAGCAAGAAUUCUCAUGCUUGUUACAGACGGUAUACCUUAUGACAAGGAAGGGAAUAGACAGGAUAUGGCGGAUAACACACUUGCAGAGGGGGCUUCAAAUGACGCAGACGGUAUAAAAACCAUGGUUUUCACAGUCAAAAACAAGAAAGGAGUUUUACCUCCAAAAGACUUUUUCGAACAACUGGCGUACUCAAUGCGUUGGAUGUUCCAAGUCGAAAAUGAAUUGGUUGAAGACUUCGGGGCAUUUGUCUUCCCUCUACUUGCCAGAUUUACUUGUCCAUAUAAAUGUAACGAAGCGAUUGACUUGAUUUACGUGAUGGAUCGCAGUAUUAGCAUAACGACACCAAAUAUAAAGAAAAUGAAAGACUUCUACAAAGUCGUGACUGAGUCAUUUUCUAUUGGCGAUAUACGAUCUCAGGCAGACCCGAAGGCUUCGGUCGCUAUGUUAAGCUACAAUCGCGAUGUCUACAGGCAUUUCACAGGUUUGGAUUGUAUGGAUGCCACAUGCGUGCUGGGCAAGAUAGAUCAGGUCCCCAACACUCAUGAAGACUUUACUGUUACAAACCUUGCCCUUCAAGAGGUACAGGAAAUCGUGAAUCAGUUUACGAGGAAUGGGUUCAACGGUAUCCAUCCAGUGGUUGUUUUGCAAACCGACGGUAAUACAUGGCAAGUCGGUGCCAAAAGUAUUUCAUCGCCAAAAGUUUCAAUUGCUGUUGCUGAUGCACUUCGUGCUAAAGGUAUCGAUACAGUCGUAGUCGCUGCACCCAACUACAGAGAGGACCCGGGAUUAGUAGAACUGAAGGGGAUCGCCAGUCACUACGUGUUUGACCUACAGAGUAGUCUUACCUCCUUCGAUGAUCUAAUCCCAAUUGCCCCAAAACUUGUUAAACUCGUUUGUGACAUGUACAAACAGAAUAGUGAAAACGAGGUAUAAAUGACCCACUAUUUGUGCAUAGACAAAUAUUUCGAUGCUAACAUAAAAUCUCUUGUAAACUUAAACGUUCAGGAAAUAAAAUAUUUUGUCC